CAGACAGACAACAGAGACACCAAUGGAGACGCAUAUCAGAGCAACUAAUCAACUACUAGUCACUGAAGUUAGAAUCAUACAGUAGAUAUUACCAUUAGGAGUCAGUUAGAAAAGUAAUCAUACAGUAGAUAUUACCAUUAGGAGUCAGUUAGAAAGGUAAUCAUUAGUAAGUUAAUACUAUAAGUAAAAGUUAAAAUCAUAUAUACUACAAUAAAACGUCAGACAGAUUGAAUUAGUUGAUUAAUUGAUUGAUUGGGGUAAUUAUUGAUAUUCGGUACGGUUAGAUAAGAUGACCGACUACGUCAACAAACAGGUGAUUGAAUUAAAAGAAGUUAAUGAAGAAAACCGGAACAGAGCAACAAGGAGCGUGAAGACUGAGAUCCGUCGCUCAGAUGGAAGACUAAGACUCUACAGGCUGGCUGCUGGGUGUUUAGGAGUGCUGUGUCUUCUACAAGUCACUCUCAAUAUCUCCCUGCGGCUGGCUUUCUACAACAGAGGCAAUGAGACUACAGAGAAAGACCUGCUACAGACCAGUUACAACACCCUGACUAAAGAGAGAGACCAGCUACAGACCAGUUACAACACUAUGACUAAAGAGAGAGACCAGCUACAGAAGGAUAGAGAUGAUCUCAUAUCAAAGUUCUCUAAUCUGAAACAAAAAUGUCCUGAAGGCUGGCAGAAGUUUGAAUCCAGUUGGUACUUCCUGUCUACAGUGAAAAAACCCUGGAGGGAGAGUAGACAGGACUGUCUGGAGAGAGGAGCAGAUCUGGUGAUCGUAAACAGUGAUAUGGAACAGGAGUUUCUCUGUGGCCUUUCUAAGAGAGCCUGGAUUGGUCUGACUGACUCUGUUACUGAGGGGACCUGGAAAUGGGUGGACGGCACCCCACUGACCACCCCAAGUUACUGGCACAAACUGCAGCUUGAGAAUGAUGGUGACACCCCAGCAAAUCGGAUGGAGGACUGUGUUGAGCUGAACACAGAAACAUGGCGUCCUGGAAACGCAUGGAAUGACCUGUCAUGUUCAGACAAUCAUUACUGGAUUUGUGAGAAAGUGGUUUAACAACACCAUGACAACAGAGGAGGCUGGUGGGAGGACUGAAAGGAAUUUUAUAAUAUCUGUACAUUACAAUUCUACCGGUGACUGCAAAAGUACAAUGAUUAAUGUUUUGCUUGAGCUUGAGAUUAAGAAUCAGUGAUAGGCCUUGCAAGUGCAUGAAAAGGUCACCUGUACAAAGUCAUAUGUUUGUGUGUUGAAACUAUACUUUGGGUAACAGAUAGAUAAAGGGAACCAAGUGUUCCUGUUGUUGCUAUGUUCCAGUCUUACUUCUGCUUGCACAUGACAGCAAAAAUGGGAAGAGUGAUUGGGGAACUAACUGCCAAUAACACAAUAAGCUGAACUCUGCCUAGCAGAGACAUCUUUGUAUUACCAACUAUUAAUUAUGAGCUUAUAUGGUGUUAAAGUUAAGGGACAUCACCCCGGGUGCGGUGAUCCUCAGUAGGGGAUAAAAAGGGAAAACACCAUAUUUUGUGAUGAGUGUGUUACAUGCAAAUUACUGUAAGUGUAUACUCCGGCUUGCAAUCUGGCUUGCAAUCCUUAUUAAACAAACUAACCUCUGAUCAA